UUAUCCUGCGGCGUCACGUCGUACCCAAGAGUAGCAGUCAGUGUGUAGUGUAGCGCGCUCGCGACAGUACCGACCGGUCGCCGCCUACAAAUCGCAUCUGACAAAUUCGUCGGGGUUUUUUUUUUGUUUUUCGGUCUUUAUUUUCUUUCUCGUGUUCGAUUUUCGCGGACGUUUAUAUCUCGUUCGUUAAUUUUGAUUUUAAACCAGUUUUCGCGUGUGAGUGUUUUUUUUUCUCGGUUCGUCAUAUCACUUUCAGGUGAUUGCAACCGAUGCAAACCACAAACGUGAUAAUAAUUUCUCGAUCAAUUUAUAUCAAUUAUAAUUAGAUGAGUUGAUGGGGGAUUUUUUUUUCUUCUGAAAAGUGUAUCGUCGUGAUUCAAUCAACCAUUAUAAUAUUUUUUCCUCUUCGAAAUAGUUCUUAAUCAGAGUGACGUGAUUAGCGUUGGAGUUUCGAUCAAAUCUACUAAAUGUGUGCGGUCGGUUCCGGCCACGGACUGGCUUCAUUGCUGCGGACCCGCGUUGACGAGCGGCGGAUGCGGCGCGUACACAGCGUCGGCCGAUGUGGAUCCCGAUGAUGGCUGCGGCCGCACAACACGACAGGGUCGUACUGUCACCGCGACGGCUUCACCACCACCACCAUCACCAUCAACGACAGCAGCAGCAGCAGCAGCUCACCCCGUCACCGGAACGCGACGGACAUGGCCGGCGCACUUAUCUGCAUAUGGUGCCAAUGUUGCCGCCCACGGCGCCCUCGGCUAACGACGGAAUGGAUCCUAUGUCAGAUCGUCUCCAAGACACGCAAUUUAACUAUGCUACAGCGCCAUCAGUCAUUUCGGGAAACGCAUUUAGCUCCCCGUCGAAAAUUCACAAUUCUAUCAACAAACAUAACUUGACACAGUCACACUCGAAUAAAUGGGGCAGCUCGAGAAAGGUGCACGAAAGGUCCACCGGGCCGGAUUGGUUCGAGACGAAAAUGGCGGAUGCAAAGUUAGAGAAGAAAAUGUCGUCCAAGUGUUUUUGGAGCUCGUCGUUCGUAGUGGACCCGACCACGCACUUUCAUUAUAAGUGGCUCAUGCUCGUCACUGUUACCAUACUGUACAACCUAGUGUUUGUGAUUGGCCGUGGCGUUUUCUGGGAACUGAACAACGCGAUGCCGACCAUUUGGUGGAUACUGGACUACGUUUCCGACGGGAUCUACGUGGUCGACACCUUGGUGCAUGCUCACGAAGGUUUCCUGGACCAAGGCUUGAUGGUCCGCGAUUCCCGUAAGCUUCGGGAAAACUACUUCAGCACGUCCAAAUGGAAGUCCGACAUCCUGAGCUUGCUGCCGACCGACUUGGCGUACCUGUGGUGGCCGUCGCGUAGCUGUUCGGCCGCGGUGUUGCCGUGUCCGGUGAUCGUGCGCGCCAACCGACUGCUCCGCGUGCCCAGGAUGCUAGAGUUCUUCGACCGCACCGAGACGAAGACCGGAUACCCAAACGUGUUCCGCAUCUGCAAGGUGGUGUUCGCCAUACUCAUACUCAUCCACUGGAACUCGUGCUUGUACUUCGCCAUCAGCUACGUGAUCGGCUUCGGGUCGGACAACUGGGUGUACAACUUGGAGGGCCCCAGAAACUCGUCGCUUUCCAGACAGUACAUUUACUGUUUCUACUGGUCUACGCUCACGCUCACGACGAUCGGAGAGACACCGCAGCCGGAAAACGAACUAGAACACGUGUUCGUGGUGGCCGAUUUUCUUGCUGGUGUGCUCAUUUUCGCUACGAUCGUGGGCAACAUCGGUAGUAUGAUCAGCAACAUGAAUGUGGCCAGAGUAGAGUUCCAAAACCGUAUGGACGGUGUUAAACAGUACAUGGCCUUCCGAAGAGUGUCCAAGGAACUAGAAGCCAGAGUGAUCAGAUGGUUCGCCUACACCUGGGCCAACAAACAGGCGCUUGAUGAAGAACGUGUAUUAGCAGCUUUACCAGAUAAAUUAAAAGCUGAGAUUGCUAUACACGUACACCUCGACACAUUAAAAAAGGUCGAAAUAUUCCAGGACUGCGAACCCGGUCUGUUGGAAGAACUCGUGCUCAAGCUCAGACUUCAGGUGUUCAGUCCUGGAGACUACAUAUGCCGUAAAGGAGACGUCGGAAAAGAAAUGUACAUAGUGAAGAGAGGCAUUCUUAGCGUAGUCGCAGACGACCAAAAAACCGAAAUUGCCACUUUAAGCGCCGGAAGUGUCUUCGGAGAGGUUAGCGUACUAGAAAUAGCCGGUAACAAAACUGGCAAUCGUCGCACGGCCAAUGUCCGGAGUUUAGGGUACUCCGAUCUUUUUUGUCUAUCCAAAAGAGAUCUGUGGGAAACAUUGAGAGACUAUCCCGAAGCUAGGCACAGUCUAAUGCAACGUGGAUGUCAGCUACUACGAAAAGAUAGGCUUUUAGACGAGGACGCGUUUAUGCAAGCUCAAACGCAAAAUGAAACCAUCAAUGAAGCUGUAUCUAGAUUAGACUAUAGCCACAUGGUGUUGCCGAACCGAGGGGUAGAAGGAUAUAUUAGAUUAGCCAACGACAGGGACGAACGAAAUUUGCGACCGCCAACUGCACCUUCGCCGAACUGGAAGCAGCCGAAGCGCAAAUCGAAAUUAUCAGCGAACCUAAUCAAACCGAAUAAGAAACAGUUCACGCAAGUUUAUAGCACGAUGAAAGAUGUAACAUCACGGUUGUCAAAUCUCGUGACCGAAUAUUACAAUCAAAACGUCAAGCUCAAUGAAAAAAUCACCGAAUUGGAGGAACAAAUACGAAUCGUCAAAUAUCAUUCAAUAGCUGAUUCAAAAUAUGAGGAUCAACAGGGUUCGCAUGGUGAGAAUGACUCUAAUUCGUCAUCAAGCCAGUCGACAGUGUUCGGGACGUACGCGACAAGGAGAUCGUUUAACGUGCCCAAGAAUUCGUGGGCUCGAAGGCGUCGCAAACUCAAGUCCACCUGAUGUUUAACGGACGGACUGCCCCACCUACUGGAUCCGUACGCCUCUGCUUGAUACGAACCGUACAGUGAUUAGUGUGUAUUCCUAAUCGGAUUGUUAUAAACAUAACCGACUGUCAAUUGAAAUACAUAUUUGUUGUGUAAAGAUAUUUUAUUAAGCGACAAAGGUGGAUUAUUGUAGGAAAACAAUAAUUUUUUUAUUUUUGAUUUCGGGGUAGUCUUAAGAAACAUUGACAAAUAUAUACGACGGAUAAAUGCGUACAACGAAACGAAAAAAUAAUUUAUUAUAACUCUGAAAAAAAUCGUGUUUUAAAUGGACAAACGUUACUUCGGAAUCGCGUACGAUUUAUUUGUUGGUUUAUUAAUUUAUUUGAAAAAGAAAGAUGUAGUGUUAAGAUUUUACGAUACAUUUGAUUUUAAAAUUGCCAAACAUUUCACAUUAAAAAAAAAAAUUAAAAUAAAUACACUAAAUAGAUACGUUUUCGUUAAAUUUAUGGAAGACUUAAAAUACCCAAAAUUAAAACAGUUAUCAAGCAUAUUCAUUGCGCACUGUACAAUAUUUACUGUUCUUAUGUUCGUUUGGUUUGUAAAAAAUAAUUUAUUAAUAAAAAAAUUAAUAAAAAUGGCCGAAGUUUUAAGUUUCCAAAUACAACUGUUCCGAGUAAAAAUUAAUUAAAUUUAACAUUAAUUUAUGCACAAAAUAUAUCAUUUGUAAUAAAUAUACGGAUAGUUUAUAAUACCAUUUUCUUGUAAAUUCCAAGAUUUCUUAAAGUUUAAAAAAAUUCACACAGCUUUUAUUUUGUUACAGUUAAAAAUGCAUAGGUUGAACGUAAUUCCAACAUACGAACCCAAUUUACAAUAUUUGUGUCGCGGUGUACCGUAAAAAUUUUAUGCGAUUUCUUCGGAUGGAGAUCAAAGGAAUUAAACGGUUAGUUGUUUUCUUCUAAAAACAGCCUACUUUAAUGUCGAAUAAAACUGGGACCGAAAAGUCCAACAUAACAUUUUUUGGUGACUCAACGCGCACACCCGAAUAGUAGGUACUUUUGAAAUUUAAAUUUUUUAUCUUUCGAAUAGUUCGCGCAGAUCGCAGUGGAAAAACGGUGAGAUUUACGACGCAGUGGUUUUAAAUAGAAUCCCGACCGUUUUCGGGUAAACCGAACCGCGCACGGGAUCGUUUCACGAACGCGAUAAUUUAUUAUAUUGCUUGUUCGAAUUCAAAAUAAUAAUAAUAAUAAUACGUCUCUCUAGCUUACUCCGGGGUAAGCGAUGCCACACGAAUGUGCCAUAUACCGCGCAGCAUCUUCUCCGUACUUACCUAUACACGUUUAAAUAUUGUGCACGCGUACGAUUUCACGACAUAAAUUAUUGCAUCGGUGCGGACAACUCGUAACGGCGAACGAUAAGAGUGUAAACAAUAAUACAUCAUUCAAAUUAAGCGCUUUCGUGUGGGCUACAUUAACUACAUAUAUUAGAACUUUUUAUUUUGUGUAAAAUUCCAAUUUUUUGUUGAAAAAAAGCUUACUUACGGUGUCUUGGUUCCCAUCUACCGGACUAAAAAAUCAUAACUGGUCCACCCGUAGUCAGAUUUAUCAGAUAUAUAUAGUUAGACUGUAUUUAGUUCAGUCACCGGCGAUUACUUAUUCGAGGCGACCGGUCCGACGAUGGAUCUGGGAUAAACCAAACUACAUAAAGCCCGUGGGAUAACGGAUAUAACCGAGGAGGAGCGUAAUCCAUGGGUGAAUAAUACACUUCCGGAAAACUUUACAGCCAGACGAGAUUAGAAAAUUAUUAAAGCAACCGCAGCAAACUUGUGCGACCUAAAGAGCGAGUGCAAGUACAACGAGAGCCAAAACACGAUAGGUGACUAGACAACAAUAUACAUAGUAAGCAGAAAAAUCGGUGCUGGUUGCGAUUAUCGAUUCGCCCAUCAGUGGUGUACUCGGGCGCUAAAUUGUCGAAUCGGUAACGGAGAUAUCAAUCGUAUCGCAAUAUGUAUUCCAUUCAACUUUUAUUUCCUACUUAUAAAUAACUAUCACCCACAACGACACUCGCAUACAUGUACCACUGAAUACUGACCUUUUAUUAGUGAAUUUGUUGAUCAAUCAAACCAUUUAAAUAUUGAUUUUUUUUUUUUUCAAUGAAAUACGCAAUGUUUUUUCAAAUUCAACAAAAAAACUAGUAAUAUUGAGAUUAUUAUCGCUCCAUUUAAGCACUUCUCUGGGAGAUAUUACACAUCUCUAGGUACAACUCGAUAACGUAUCAAACCGUUCAAUUUUUUCAAAAGUCUGUUCAGAAAACUUAUACAAAAAGAAAAUAAUAAGUUGAUGGAAUCCCACAUUAAAACACACUCAGUCCCCCUCUCGAGCACGUUAUUGGUCGGACUAACCUCGUCAAGUAGAUCUGAAACAACUCCGAUGAUCGGCCGUUAAAUCAUUAUGGGCAAAACAUCUUGAAACGUUUUCGUAGGAUACCGCUGUCAUGUCAAGAACCCUGAUGCUAAACUCGCAAAAAUUACAUCUUAACGUUAAUCGAUUGCUAUUUUACGAAAUCUAAUCAUUCCUUGUAGAUAUUUGUUUUAAAUUUGUUGAUCGUUAUUCAUCAGUUCAUUACAAUAUCGUACUUUCAACCCAUCAGUAACAAUUUACUUUCGUUUAUUUCCUAUUCCAAAAGCUUCUGACUGUACAAUAACAAUAAUUUCUUUUGACUCUGUUCGUAUCCAAUCGUCUGUUCAAAUACACGUCACAUGUAAAAUAUAUCGUCGAGGAGUACUUUUGCAAAAACAUAAAUAAAUAAAUUACCGUUUAAAAGCAUUUCGAGUAUCGAUUUUUACGUCGCUACCACUCCGUUUCGAUUUUAUUACCAUGCGUAUCGUUUAAUAUCACCCACAUGAUUAACGCCUGCCUUUAGGGCCCAAAAUCGGAUUAUACGAGUUCAUAAUAUUAAUACUAUAAUGCCCUACUAAGAGAUAAAGCGAAAAGUCACUCACGUUCCGUGUAUGACCUCGGCGAUUAGAUGGCGGAUAGAAAUAGGGUUUGAGGACUUUUGACAACCGUUACCUCUUCUCCGGUCGCCGAACGAGAGUGUCGUCGUUGUUCAAUCCUCCGAGUUAUUAGUCCUAUUAUGAUUGACUAUUAUAUACUAUAUAUUAUACUAUUAUAUGAUAUACUAUUAGCUUCUUUUUUGUUAAAAAUGACCUCCACUAUUAGUAUACGAUCUCAGAUUGGGAGUCUGCUUUGGCAUAUAAAAAGAAACGUCAUGCACAAACUGUUUACAUCUCGUCGUGACCGUACUUAACUCAUCACACGCUAAACAUAACUUAAACUUUUAGUAACGCGUCGAACCUCGCACAGUAAUAUUAUUAAAUCCAAAAGGGUAGAUGUUUAUUACUAAAUAUUCAAAUAACAUCAAAAUAAAAUACAAUGGAAAUGUUAACUAUACUCGUAUUGUUAUCGAAUAAAAUAACUUUCAGGUUAGGACGCCGGCUUGAAUCAAAUAACAAUUAUAAUCCCAAUAAAAUUCGUUCUAGAUUCAAAAGAAUUAAGUUUGUUACAUUUUUAACUCCCGCCUACCCAAAAAAAAAAAAAAAAAUUAAAAAA